AUGACUCAAACUCCCGAACCUCGGAUAAUCACCCAUCGAGCUCUUUCACCAAAUCCGAACAGCAAUGACCCCAUCGGGAACGAGAAAUUCCCUUCGUUCGACGACCACCGCAGUAGUGUUCAGCAUAAUGCCCCAGCAGUCAGCGAAAGCCCCUCGGACAUCAGUCCCGGUGCAGGGCCGUUCACGAAUCAAGAUUUCAAAUGGCCAGCAAGGAAAAUGAGCCAAAGACUACGGGAAGCACGUCCUCCAGGCGUCUAUGGACAUCGCUCAAGGAGGAGUGUUAGCGACGCUAUCAACAAGUUCCGCACACGCCAGGGAAGUGUCAGCGAGAAUGCCCAUGAGCUCGCAGAAGCAUUGAAAGCACCAAUCUCUUACAAAUUGAUUGCUCUCUGUAUCGCUUGGUACAUGACUUCCGCCCUCACCAACACAUCUUCCAAGUCGAUCUUGAAUGCCUACCCCAAACCUGCUACACUGACCAUAUUACAAUUCCUUUCCGUCUUCUCGUGGUGCUUCAUCCUGACAGGCUUGUCGUCAGUAUUUCCCUCGCUAAAACGAGCAAUUCCGGCAUUGAAAAAUGGAUUGAGACGACCGUCUUGGGAUGUCAUUUAUACGGCGCUUCCACUGUCAAUCUUCCAGUUAUUAGGCCAUCUGCUAAGCUCAUACGCUACAUCGAAAAUUCCAGUCUCAUUGGUACAUACUAUCAAAGGACUAUCACCUCUGUUCACAGUCCUCGCAUACCGGAUAGUGUUCCGCAUUCGAUACAAGAGGGCCACGUAUUUGUCACUUGUACCACUGACGGUGGGAGUGAUGUUGGCUUGCUCGACCGACUUUUCCACCAACUUUUGGGGAAUCAGUGCCUCUCUGGUAGCGGCACUGGUUUUUGUGACACAAAACAUAUUCUCAAAGAAAUUGUUCAAUGAAUCGUCACGGGCGGAAGCAGAUGGACAAACACAGCUGUCUCGAAAACUCGACAAACUCAAUCUAUUAUGCUAUUGCUCGGUGGGGGCGUUCAUGUUUUCGGCACCAGUUUGGAUAUACACCGAGGGUUGGGAGAUUGUUCAAGACCUUUGGAAAGAUGGAUCAUUGUCCCUUUCGAAGAAGGGCAAACUGGACCAUGGAGAGCUCAUGUUGGAAUAUGUGUUCAAUGGGGUCUUCCACUUUUUCCAAAACAUUCUGGCCUUUGUCCUGCUCUCGAUGUUGUCACCAGUAUCAUAUUCGGUGGCAUCGUUGAUCAAGAGAGUAUGGGUAAUAGUGGUGGCAGUGAUUUGGUUCCGAAGUUCCACCACUUCCAUACAAGGGGUGGGUAUUGUGCUCACGUGUUUCGGGCUCUAUCUGUACGACCGAACUAGUAUGGAGGACGCGGCAGAGAGAAGGACCAAAGCAGACCAUUUCCGUCACAAAGCAGCAUUGCUACCAGUUACUGAAGUUCAAACACCGGGACUGGAGAUCAAUUAUCCCGGAUUUGAGGAGAAGAUGGACUCGCAAUGGAAACGAGAUGACGAGAAGGAUCGCAGUCACGAACCGAACUUCUCAUCCGGUUGGUUAGCUCCCGGAACCAAACAAGAGACGACGUGGGAUGUUGCAGGGAGGGGAGAAAGAGCAGAGAAAGUAGAAAAUUAA